GCCACCCAGGCGCCCCAACUAACUGCAUUAUUUAUAUUCGGUGGGUGGGGUGCUUUAUAGAGUGAGAAAAAUGUGUCCACAAAGUCCGGCACGCUCUGGGGGGCAUCUGAUACCUGGGGCUUCACCUCUCCUGCUUCCCACUAGGUUCAACGCCUUCCACCCGGACACACGCAAACCCAUGCACAGGGAGUGUGGCUUCAUCCGCCUCAAGCCUGACACCAACAAGGUGGCCUUCGUCAGCGCCCAGAACACAGGCAUCGUGGAGGUGGAAGAGGGCGAGGUGAAUGGGCAGGAGCUGAGCAUCACGUCCCACUCCAUCGCCAGGAUCUCCUUCGCCAAGGAGCCUCACGUGGAGCAGGUGAGUCUGCCCCUGCAGCCUUCCCUCCUUCCGCCAUGCACUUGCAGUCCUCAGUGGGGCCACAGAUCACCCCUUGGCCUGUCUGCACGGUCAUGUGGUCGCUCCCCACACAUGCUGAGGUGGGGGUGUGCCACAGCGGAAUCCGGUCCCUGGCAGGUGGGCACUUAGGGGUUCUCAGGUCGGCUGCGGUUUUUCAGUCACAA